GAAAUUACCAAAGGGUGGAAUAAUUACUUCACGUUGCAGGGAUUACGUGUUAUGGUUUAUCAUUGGCUUUAGCCACUUUAGUAACACACUCUUUAAGAUGGCAGAGAUGGCUUAGGGAUGUUUAAGAUCCCGUCGUAUGCCCGAGACUUGUUUGAGAUGUUCGAGUCAUAGGUAGUAUUCAAAAUACCUGAUGGGUGGAUCGUUGAGGUCGCACUGGAUUUUCGAUGCCAACUUUUGACCCUUUAUCAGAUUCGUCGACCAAUCCGUGGCAGGUAGGCGGUGCCCCGAAAAGCGGCACAAACAAGAUCGUAAAACCCACCGACCGACCAUUCAUGAAGGUAGAUCCCACGCCCAAUGGCAGCUACCUAGCUAGCUACCUCCCAGAUGGUAUAUAUUUGGCCUGCUGGGAGGGAGUGUCAUCAUUAGCAAUCGAGAGUUCGACGAGAAAACAUCGCAUCGCCAUGGAACGGAGCCACCUUUACUUGCCCAGUUUGAGCUACGCUGCCAUGGCUCACGUGUACGCUCCCUACAACGGAAGCACCCUGCCCGCUCCUCCAGCCUCUUCGUCCGUUUCAUCGAAGCCGGAGCAGAUCGAGGAGAUGGUGUCCCAGCAGCUGCACCACCUGAAGAUGCACUACGCCGACGAGGAGCAGCGCUACGUGGACCAGAUGCUCCUGGAGAACCCAAUCGUUGUGGAGCGACGGGCACCGCCGCCGCUGAAAACGGAGAUUGCCGCCGACCAUGGAACGGUCUCCGGAUCCGGAUCUGGAUCGGAUGUGAAGGACGCGCAGCGCCAGCGGGCGGAGUCCUGCCGCAAGUCCCGCUACAACAACAAGAUCAAGAAGGCCAAGCUGCGCUUCCGGCACAAGUUCGUCAGCGGGCAGCUGAAGAAGAGCGCCGUGAUGUUGGACACGAUGCGGGACGUGAUCGCCCAGGCGGAGCGGCAGCUGCUCGAACGGGGAUUCCCCGCCGCCGCCAUCGAGCGCAUGCGCAGCACCUUCGGCCUCGAAAUGGAGCAGUGAUACUCCACAGUAUACAGUGAUUAUAGCGAUUAAAGCCCGGACCGAGGAAAAUCGGAGGAGGAGGAGGAGGAGGAGGAACGGAUCCCUGACUAGUCCAGCAUUAGCCAUACCACACACUUUUUUUUUCUUGUUGACUAUAUUUAGUAUUACUCUAAGGAUAUUAUUAAAUUUUUAAAUAAAUUAACGACAAAUUGGAAAAACAUGCGCUCUUCUCAAUUCAUUUCCACCUUUCAAAAUAAUUUACGAAAUUUCAGCGGCGAGAAAAACUAUAAAAAAAGAUUUAGUACAAAACAAUAAGGAAAUACGUUCACAAAUAAGGAUUUUCAAAUUCGAAUGGAAAAAAACUAUUUGAGAGUUCUGACACUAUUUCAGUUGGCUGAAACAUAUUCAAGAGCCAGGAACCUUAA